AUGUCUUCCCCCUCCCCAAGCCCCGACUCUACAGACCCAGAACAAGAAGACCCCACAACAGCCUCCAUCCCCCUCCCCCUCUCCGCCUCCCUCAUCCUCGACCACCUCCCCAAAUCCGCCUCCCAAGCCCUCACAACCGCCGGCCAACUCGACCAAGAGAAAGUCACGAUCCGCCUCACCCCGCUCCCCAACACGCCGGCCCUCAAAGUCCCUCGAUUCAAAUGUUCGAGUCAUCAACGAUUCGAAUACAUUGUGAAAUUUUUGCGUCGGAAGUUGGGGGUGAAGGAUUUUGAGAGUGUUUUUUGUUAUGUCAAUUCGGUGUUUGCGCCGGGGCUUGAUGAGGGGGUGGGGAAUUUGUGGAGGUGUUUUAAGGUUGGGGAGGAUUUGGUUGUUAGUUAUAGUGUUACGCAGGCGUUUGGGUGA